UAACGGCUCCUUGUAAUCCGUCCUCUCCUUUUUGUCGGUCACUGUUUUUCCGUCUGAAGCCUUUGUUGUGUUUUUCCGAAACACGCUCCGGCAGCCACGGAAUUAGCCUGAAGUCACGCCAACAUCCAGUCAUGUUUGUGGCUUUUAACACGAGUUACACCGUUACCAUAGGAACUGGGCAGGAGCAAGCAGGACGUUGUUUUCCUUCUCCCUGGUCAACAGAAACCCGUCCAGGGUGUCGUGUGUGCGGACACGGGGCGCUAAUCCUAGUCAUACUCGCGUCAAACCAUUAAAACCAUCGCAGGGAUGCACAGGUGACCUUCGUCACUGUCAUGACGGAUCCACAAGGCAGGGGUUCGAGUCCAGCUCACACCGAGAUGCAGGAGGUCCAGCAGAGCAAGGACAUGACGUUGGCCAACAACCGAACACUGGCCGAGCAAAACCUCACCCUUCAGCCCCAGCUAGAGCAGAAGAAAGAGCAGCUCACCAAGCGCUACGGAUGUCUUCAGGAGAACUUUGAGUCCUAUCAGCUUCGCAAGUCUUCUAUAGAGCACAAGUCUGGAAACCGCUCUCUGGAUACUCUGCUGGCUCUGCUGCAGGCAGAAGGAGCUAAAAUAGAAGAAGAGACAGAGAACAUGGCCGACUCUUUCCUGGAUGGUGACAUGACCCUGGAUUCCUUCAUUGAUGCCUACCAGAGCCAGAGGAAGCUGGCCCACUUGAGACGUGUGAAGAUUGAGAAGCUACAGGAAAUGGUGCUGACGGGCCAGCGGCUCCCCCAGGUGUCGGUCCCUUCCUCCCGUUCUCAGGACGUUCCAGCAGUGGCCUCCCUGCUCACCGAUGGCAGCGACACCUCUCCCAUGGUCCAACCCAGAAGGAAGCCACCUCCUCCUCCAUCUCAGCCGGCUCCUGUUCUGACUCCAACUGCUGCCCCCCCGCCUCCUGUUGUCUACUCAGCAUCACCAUACCCACCAGUUCCUCCCAGAACGGGGCAGCCCUUCCCCCCCGUCUCCUCUGGAUAUCCCAGCCACUACCUCUCUCAGUAUCCUCCUGCUUUGCCUGAGAGGCCCUCACCUUGCUUGGCCCCUCAACCUGGUUUCAUUAUUCAAUAAUUACUAUAUUUUCAAAGACAGGAUCAAAUCUCAAAUCGUUGGUCUUUAUCAAAGACUUUUCACUACUGGAAUUCAUCUGAGAACCCUUUUUCUGUCACCUGCCUUCUUGGAUUGCGACCAGUCUCAGCACAAGGAGCAGACCCACAUCAGCUGGUCUGGUCACAUUUAGGUCAGGCAGAUCUCCAGUAACCUCCGGGGAUUCGUACUUGCCACUCCCUUCUGACAGCACUCCCAACAAAAUAAAUAAGUAUGAUUGACAAGACCCUGAGUCUGGCUGCGUCCCGUUAGCAGACGGAGGGGGUCUCUGAGCCGGGGCUUGUCGUUUACCAACACUUUGAUGGUCCGUCUCCUCCCCCGGGUGUGCCCUCGUAUGCAUUCAUGCAGCUCUAAAAGCUUCUCGGACAGGGAUCUGAACAUCAAGGUCAUCCACAACCUGCUAGUUUUCAGGUCAUUAAUAUGCAAGCAAGGAGAGACCCAAAUGACUUUCCAGGAAAACAAUUCCCCAGAAUCUGCGUACAUGCUGUGACUUAAAAACAAAAUAAAAUUCACAAGGUACUGAGAAACAUAAGUGUCAUCGUUAUAAACUGAGUUAGCUUCAAUAGGGUUAAGAUAAUAACUUCUAGGGUAGACUAACCGGUAAACUGGAGGGCUGUCUGCGGUAUGUGGACGUGUCCAGAGUCCAGGCUCUGGUCUAGACGGAGAAGGUCCUGACCGGAGACGGGACGGUCUGUAACGGAACUGUUGGAAGAAAUGAAGGAUUUGUGUAUAGCCAUCAGUACGCUCCAGGUGUGUUGUUCUCUUUGGGCUCCUCCUGUUGUCUGUUCACUCAGUCUGGACUUUUGAUGCCAUGUUGGUUUUCAUACAUGCUGUUUGUUUGUCACAGCGAGCGCCAAAGACCUCCCACACCUCUGUUCAUUUGUGUUCAAGUCUAAGUGAAGCGUUUAGUACAAUGGUGUCCCAUUGGACCCGACGUGUCCGUGAUGUCAGAAAACGUGUACACAUCAAGCCAGGAGUCUCUGAGCUGGCUUUGAGAGGAAGACUUUUAUUGUGGUGGGACCAUUCCACCACUCCUGUCGCUGUGCACUAUUGAAGAGCCAUGAGUGCCUACAAUUUAAAAUGGCGUUGAUCAAGUUCUGCCGAUCUCCAAUUGUCAGAACGUUCUCCACCUCCAUUUCUUAUGUUGGUGUUUUCUCUCCUCUAUUUAAUUAUGUUCUAGUGAGUUGAAGUCUGAAGCUCCUCCGGUAACAGAGGGAAUCCCCAGAGGGACGGGGAACGUCCCUAAGCUACAUGCUGAGUCUUCUAUGGCCGGAGGGGACCCCAGACAUCAGCAUGUGAUGCUUUUGUUUUUGCUGCAUUAGUAAAGUAACAGGGCUCUGAAAUGAUUUGCUUUUCUGUCCGUAACAAUUCCCCUGACAAAAGGACCAAACAUUAGUCUCUCCUGUGGAACAGCAUAUCCAGCGUCAUACAUGUAGUGUUUCUGAAUGGCCUUUUCUUUGUGUUCACUUAGAAGAUUUCUCAUUAACACUUGCUGCGUUUUUCUUUUUAAACAAACUUCUGCAUCCAUGUUUUUCUAUGUGGUUGGUGAUUAUUUCAGUGUAUUGUUUGUUAUUUUCAUUUAAAGAAUGUUUAAAUGGAAUUAAUGCUAUUUUCAAGUUCAAUAAAAGUUUAGUUUUUUUGUUUUUA